ACACCCUCGUCCCGCUCGAGUCCCUGAGCGGCGAGAGACGCAAGUUUUUCAGUUGGUACUCUACCGUCUACCGCGCCAUCGGCUCCGCCGAUGGUGCGCCGUACACGCUUCGGCGAGUUGAAAAUUUUAGGCUGAUGCACCAGACAGCGUUUAAUGCUAUUGAGAUGUGGGCCCGCGUACGGCAUCCGAAUAUCGUGCGCGUGAAGGAGGCGUUUACCACGCGCUCCUUCGCUGAUAACUCCCUCAUCGUGGCCUACGACUAUCACGCGAACGCCAAAACGCUGUACGACGAACACAUCAAGCCCAAAGUGCCGACGUUCCAGAAUGGACGGCUUCAGGCGCAGACGACGGUCAUCCCCGAGCGCGUGCUGUGGUCGUAUAUUAUUCAGCUGUCUGGGGCUAUCAGCGUCAUACAUGAUGCUGGGCUUGCGGCGCGCAUGAUUGAUGCCACCAAGGUCUUGGUCACCGGAAAGAACAGGCUCCGAAUCAGCUCGUGCGGGAUCGUCGAUGUGCUGAUGCACGAUGCACGACAGGACGUGGGGAUGUUGCAGCAAGAAGACUUGGUGAUGUUUGGGAGGCUUUUGUUUGCGCUGUGUUGCAACAAUCUGGCGGCGAUGAAUACGCUGUCAAAGGCUGUGGAGACGUUGACGAGGGGGUAUUCGAGUGAUAUCAAGAAUGUGGCGUUGUAUCUUAUUUCGAAACCGGGGCCGCAUAAGACGAUAUCUCAGUUGAUUGACAUGAUUGGCAAAAAUCGGUUGAUGGCAGAGAUGGAUGAGGUUCAGGGCUCGGCUGAUCGGUUAGAAAGCGAGCUGACGAGCGAGCUCGAAAACGGACGACUCGUGCGUCUUCUCUGCAAAUUCGGGUUUAUCAACGAACGGCCAGAAUUCCCUCGUCAACCGCGGUGGUCCGAAACGGGGGACAGAUACAUCAUCAAGCUCUUCCGAGACUACGUGUUUCACCAAGUGGACGAGAAUGGAAAUCCGGUGGUGAAUCUGUCUCAUGUGUUGACUUGUUUGAACAAGCUCGAUUGUGGUACGGAGGAACGUAUUAUGCUUGUGUCGAGGGACGAACAGAGCUGUCUCGUCGUUAGCUACAAGGAAGUCAAGUCGUGCAUAGAAGGGGCGUUCAGUGACCUCGCUCGCCCAUCACGAUGACAUGUCUUUUCACACCCGUUUCCACGUUGUGUGCAUGAAUGCGAUUUUGUACAUUAUGACAUUAUUUCAAGAGCUCCGAAAGACAAAAGAGUAGAACCCCCAGGUUAUUAAAAAAGACGCGCAAAAAUGAUUAUAAAAGAUGUUUUGAUUUCCUUUCUUCUGUCUGACGAGUGCGUGUGUGUGUUUGUGUCAUUUUUUGGUCAGUGGAGAGGUGAGCUGGGGCUAGCUUGAGGCUCCUCCUUCCUCCCCGUCCAAUGCCCCUUGUCAAUGUGGCGAGUUCUGGGUUCUACCGUGGAUGGCCUCACGAUUUCAUGAAAUGUAUGAACUUGCGUGUGUGCUAGAGUCAGACGCAGAAUGCCCAUCGUUGAAGCUUGAAGAGUCGAGUGAAUCGAGAGGCUACUGUCUUUUGGGUUUCGUGACGAGUCACUCGAUAAGACCUGAAAAAUCAAAGAAUGAUGAUCGAUGACCCGGGUCUUAUCCAAGCUUGCCCAUCCGCUUCAUUCCAUACUUUCAAAGUCACCGUCAGUUUGCGGAGUUUGGGCGAUAGGAAUGAGUCGAGGCCAAGAGGAGGCAAGACGCUCAGAUUGGUGAUUAACGAUAGACCUCGUGCCGUAUUCUAUACGUAUACGACAGCUGGCAAGUGUGCACCGCGAUGACACCCCCCCUCCGAUUUUGCACUCAUGCCGUUUUAUGUGAUUGUGGACACAGAUGACAAUGCGGCCUGCUAUAUUGCUGCCAGAGAAUUAGUACUGGAUGUCGCUUCGCUUGCGAGUUACAAGUUGGCCUCUGAAUGCAUUGCUGAAUGCACUCGUCAUCACGACUCUUGUCCAAAGCCAGAUCAGACGAUCCUGCCCACUCGAGUGAUCGACUGCUCAGAACCCAACAGGCCCAAGAUGGUCAUAUGCACCCAAGGCUCAUAUGUAGCACUCAGCUAUGUAUGGGGCGAAACGCAGCCAUACAGCACCACUGCGAAUAUAGACUCCCUCGUUCGCGACGGACUCGACAUCGAAAAACUCCCAAAGACCAUCAAGGAUGCUAUACUAUCGACGUGUCGCCUCGGCCUUCGUUACCUCUGGAUCGACGCGUUCUGCAUCCUCCAGGAUUCGCGAAAAGACAAAAACAGGGAGAUCAGACAGAUGCGCAGGAUAUAUCGCGAUGCGUAUGUGACGAUCGUGGCGGCGAGUGCGGGCAAGGU